GGGCCGGGCCGCUCGGUCGGUGCGGGCAGCGCCGGGGCCCCCGCGGGGACUCUGCGUGCAGCCGGAGCCCGGGAGGGGCCGCGCCGCCGCCGUCUGAACUAGGAUGUCCCGACAUGAAGGUGUCAGCUGUGAUGCAUGUUUAAAAGGAAAUUUUCGAGGUCGAAGAUACAAGUGUUUAAUUUGCUACGAUUACGAUCUUUGUGCAUCUUGUUAUGAAAGUGGUGCGACGACAACCAGGCAUACAACUGACCAUCCAAUGCAGUGUAUACUAACCAGGGUAGAUUUCGAUUUGUACUAUGGUGGAGAAGCUUUCUCAGUAGAGCAGCCGCAGUCUUUUACUUGUCCCUAUUGUGGAAAAAUGGGUUAUACGGAGACAUCUCUUCAAGAACAUGUUACUUCUGAACAUGCAGAAACAUCAACAGAAGUGAUUUGUCCAAUCUGUGCAGCGUUACCUGGCGGAGACCCUAAUCAUGUCACAGAUGACUUUGCAGCUCAUCUCACACUUGAACACAGAGCCCCUAGAGAUUUAGAUGAAUCGAGUGGUGUUCGACAUGUACGUAGAAUGUUUCACCCUGGCCGGGGGCUAGGAGGUCCCCGGGCCCGUAGAUCAAACAUGCACUUUACUAGCAGUUCUACUGGUGGGCUUUCCUCUUCGCAGAGUUCAUAUUCUCCAAGCAAUAGGGAAGCCAUGGAUCCUAUCGCUGAGCUCUUAUCUCAGUUAUCGGGAGUGAGACGUUCUGCAGGAGGACAGCUCAAUUCUUCUGGCCCCUCAGCUUCUCAGUUACAGCAGCUGCAGAUGCAGCUGCAGCUAGAACGACAGCACGCACAGGCAGCACGGCAACAGCUGGAGACCGCCCGGAACGCGACCCGGCGCACCAACGCCAGCAGCGUCACCACUACAAUCACACAGUCGACAGCAACAACCAACACGACAAACACGGAGAACAGUCAGCAGACCAUGCAGAACUCCCAGUUCCUGCUUACGAGGUUAAAUGAUCCUAAGAUGUCCGAAACAGAGCGUCAGUCGAUGGAAAGUGAGCGGGCAGACCGUAGCCUGUUUGUCCAAGAGCUUCUACUGUCCACUUUGAUGCGUGAAGAAAGUUCCUCCUCAGAUGAGGAUGAACGGGGGGAAAUUGCCGAUUUUGGUGCUAUGGGCUGUGUAGAUAUUAUGCCUUUAGAUGUUGCUUUAGAAAACCUAAAUUUAAAAGAGAGUAAUAAAGGGAAUGAGCCUCCACCACCUCCUCUUUGAUGACACCCCAAUUCGCAGACAGUGUCCUCUGUGCUGUAUUUGCCAAUGAAAGUGGACAACAACUAUCUUGGGUUUGUUUUGGUGAUUGUAAUUUCAGGUCUGUCACUCUUGUUACAUUGUGUACAUUCAAAAGGAAGAGAGAAAAAAUAUAUAUGAUAAUCAUUUCCACUUAACUAAUUUUGACUUCUAGCAGGUAAAUGUAGGUAGCAGUGCAGGGGUGAUCCUGCUUCCUGUACCUUGACAUGCAAAAGGCUCCUAAUACUCCACAUUCAAACUGAAGAGGAAAAUUGAAAUCUCUAAUGAAGCUGCUGUGUGUAUUUAUGAAUAUUAAUGAAUAAAAACUGCUUGGAUGGUUUACCUUAACUACUGCAUGAGGUUUUUUGCAGCGUGCAUGAGUUUUAGUGACCUUGUCAUUUAAAAACUUAAAUACAAGGAGUAAAACUAUAUGAGACCCAAAGCUUUCCCCAACAUUAUUCAAAGGUUACAUGACCCAAGAGUGAGUGUGCGCUAGCUGUUUGUAGCCAUGAAGUAGCUUUUGAAUAAUGUCCUAACAUCUGACUGAAUCACCCCCUUCCUUUCUGUGCCUCGAGCACGUGACGCCAGCUGUGCAGCGGAGUGGGCCCUUUGCAGGGCGAAGCCCCUUGCCCUGGGGGACUGCGCUCCUUGGCUGCCCAUGUGGAGUUCAGCCUCUUUAAUGCAUCCGAGAAGACACCACAGUAGAGCUACUGUCGAAAUCUGCUGCAGGGGCGUCUGUGUGCCCUCCAAAUCAAAUCCUGUUCAUAUCUGUUUAAAGUUUUUACUUUUUUGUGGUUUCAAAUUUUUCAAUUGUUAAACAUGUUUUAUUCAGGUGUAGAUGAAUUCAUUUAUUCACUGUUCAACAAAGUUAA